CCGCUCUUCUGAGAGCAAAUAGAGAGAGAGAGAGAGAGAGAGAGCGUGACGAGCGAAAACUCACCACGCGCUUGGACUCUCGCAGACGCGUCGCUGGCAAACGUUAAACGAAGAAAACUUUCACUCUCGGCACAACGUGGCGGCGGGCGGUGCGACAGCAUCGAGCAGGAAGCGCAUAAAGUGACAAACAAACACACACACACACUCAGACACAGACACACACACACACACAGUCAAGCAAAACUGGUGAAAGCGCACAGAAACUAAACUAAACAACACAAAUAUCCGCAAUAGCAGCAGCAGUAGCAGCAGCAAAACUUUUGCAUGCCAGCAGCUGACUGCUGCAGGAAGCGUGCCAGGACGACGGCUGGACAGCAGCAGCAGCAGCAGCGGGCAGACAACCAGAAACACAAACACAAACACAAUCAAACCGAAGCCAAGCCACUGGCAGUGAAGCGGACAGUCCGCUCCUGCCUGCCUGCCAGCCUGCCAGCCUGUCACAGCCAAUGAGAAUAGGCCUCUUCAGCGCGAACACUGGCACAGGAUACAGGCCGAGCACACACGCAACUCAAUUUAAAUGUAUCCUUAGAAUUUCAAACAGCACCACAGCCCCGACAGUGUAAUGCGCCUUGGGGGUAGUGGUAUACCAUUCGACGGUGACCCCCUGACAAUGAGCGCAGCUGGCAAUGAUUAUGCCGAAUUAUGCGAUCUUGGACCCUCACGUUGGAGUGCACGCGCCUAUGGUUAUCAUGCAGCAAAUGCGGCCGGCAUUGGCAUUGGUGGCGCCACACAAUCAUCAUCGAGCGUGCCGACGGGCGGCUCAGCUGGCCUCAGCGCUCAUCAUUUACGGAGCAGCGCAGCAGCGCCAAACAGUUACGAGGCCGAGGACAUUGGCCUGGCCUUUGGCAUGAUCAGUCCGCCACCGGGGAGCGUUCACGGUCUCGGCCAUUACGGCGGCAGUGCCGGCGGUAUUGGAUCCCGUGUCGGCAACAGCACCAGUUCGCUGCGAGCAGGCGGCGUCGGCGUCGGCGGCGGAGGAAUCGGUAGCGUCGGUGGUGUCGGAGGCGGUCGAUCCGGCCUCUACUAUUCGCCACCGGGCACAUCGUACACAAUCAUUGAGCGUCCCCACUCGCCGCAUUACUACUUCAAUUCGGCUGGGGUGCCGACCAAAGGUGGUUCGUUGCCGGGCCGCGGUUCGGCAUAUCUCAGCUCCUCACCAUCCAGUCACAUGGCGGCCGGUACGGCUGGUACACUGCCCACGUCAACGGCGGCCAGUGGGCGGCAUGCCUCCUCCUCCAUGGGCAAUGGCAAUAAGAAGCGACCAAUAUCACCGGAGCAGGUGUUGCGCAUGUUCGGCGCCACACAGUCGUCCUCAGUUCCUACGAGUAGCUAUCACUACAGCAACGGCGGCACCCGGGAUAGGGAUCGCACAGGGCGACGCAGUCCGGCCAGCAGUCCGCCCUCAACGACGCAUCAGAUCUAUCGGGAUCGCGAACGAGAUCGCGACCGGAGUGUGCCCAACAUCCAUGAACUGACGACGCGCACUGUUUCCAUGUCGCGUGAUCAGCAGAUCGAUCAUGGCUUCGGCAUAUGCGUCAAAGGAGGCAAAGACUCAGGCUUAGGUGUUUACAUCUCACGCAUCGAGGAGAACUCGGUGGCGGAGCGCGCCGGCCUGCGACCCGGUGAUACAAUCCUAGAGGUGAACGGCACGCCAUUCACCUCAAUCAAUCACGAGGAGGCGCUUAAGAGAUGUGUGCAGAUAUUGAAAUCGUCACGUCAAAUCAGUAUGACGGUGCGAGCGCCGCCCACGCUGAACUCGACGGCACCGUUGCACGGUUUUGGGCCACCUUCGCGGGAUCCGAUGUACGCAUCGAUGGCACCCCUACUACCACAGUCUGCAGCGGCCCAGGCAGCAGCAGCAGCAGCCGGCGGCGUUGGAUCUGGUUUGCCCUUUCGCCAGACCUGCUCCUGGAUGGAUCGACACGGCCGUCCGGCCUCACCGCCCAUGGAGUAUGGCGGCAGACGGAACGAGCGCAGGGAUCGUGUACGUCGUGUCGAGCUGCUCAUUGAGCCCGGCCAAUCGCUGGGCUUGAUGAUACGCGGCGGCGUUGAAUACGGCCUGGGCAUCUUUGUCACGGGCGUCGACAAGGAGAGCGUCGCAGAUCGUUCCGGUUUGAUGAUUGGCGACGAAAUACUGGAGGUCAAUGGCCAGUCGUUCCUCGAUGUGACCCACGACGAGGCCGUUGGUCAGCUGAAGUAUCACAAGCGCAUGUCGCUGGUGAUACGUGACGUGGGCAAAGUGCCGCAUUCCUGCACAUCCAUUGAAAUGGAGCCCUGGGAUGCGUACAGUCCAACGGGCACGAGAGCACGCCGGAAAGGUCAAAUUGCGACCAUGGUGGAGGAGAAGGCGCGCUCGCUGCUGCCACGUCAUCAUUUUGCAAGUCUUUCGUAUUAUAUUGCCGAAUAUAGUGUGAAAGCAAUGACCAUAGAUGCCUUUGUUGCCGUCUUAUUAGAGAUGUUAGAUACGUACGAAAAGCACACGCUAGUGACGGAAAUUCGAGAGCUCGUCUUUCCGGAGGAUCGUACACGAUACGAUGAGCUUGUGUAUCGCCGAGAACGCGAUCCAUAUAGCGUGGAUAGUAGGCAUAGGCGUAAAGGAGACCCCUCACGUGAUUUGCCGGUAACUGCUGACGAUAUGGAAGUAAGCGCCGCCACUGGACGCAGUCCCUCAUCGGACUCGGGGCUGGGCAUGACCGUAACGGAUAUACAUAAACGACCCGCACUACAGUUGCCCUAUCGGCCCAUGUCGGCGGGACCAAUACUGCAUCGCUCACAGCAUUAUCAGCCAACAGCAAGCAACCAAUCAUCAUCACCGACACCACCACCAUCACAACAACAACAACUACAACAACAACAACAACAACAUUAUCCACCACCACCACCACUACAUACCUCAUUGCGUCAUCUGGGUGGCCCUGGUGGCGUCGUUGGAAAUGUGCGUCAUCACCAUCAACAACAGCAGUUGGGACCAAAUCAAUACAAACUCAAACAAGCCAAAGACAAUCAGCAACAGGAAUACGGCUGUGAUGAGCAUAGAACUCGCCGGGGCAGCGAAACCCUAUUACCGGAAUAUGACCAAGAUGCGGAACAGGAGUUGGCCACAAAACUCUCAAGAAGUUUCGAUAUGAAGGAAGAAGGCGGCACUUUGCUGGGCGAUAAAGGUGUACGAAGGCAUCAGUCCAUGCAGCGUCUGUCUGCUGAGCAGAACGGUGGUUCAACGACUGAACAAACACAUGAACACAAUCCAAACGUCGUACCUGAUCAUAGAGGCAACUUACACAUUACAGUUAAGAAAACCAAACCAAUUUUAGGUAUUGCUAUCGAAGGUGGUGCUAAUACAAAACACCCGCUUCCUAGGAUAAUCAAUAUCCAUGAAAAUGGUGCGGCAUUUGAAGCGGGUGGCUUAGAAGUCGGGCAAUUAAUAUUGGAGGUAGAUGGAACUAAAGUGGAAGGUCUACACCAUCAGGAGGUUGCCCGAUUGAUAGCCGAAUGCUUUGCAAAUCGUGAAAAGGCUGAAAUAACCUUCUUAGUUGUCGAAGCGAAAAAAUCAAAUUUGGAACCGAAGCCAACAGCAUUAAUAUUUUUAGAAGCCUAACAUUUGCUUGCCCUGCCGGCUAGUGACCCAUUGGAACGACAAAAACUCGAGUUCCUCUAUGAAUGGGGCAUCGAUUUAACGGAGACGCCAAAACCAAUGCCAACACCGAUACCGCUGACAAAAGCUAAAAAUCCACCGCCACUGCCUCAUGAGCUAUAUAGCAACAGCAGCAGCAACAACAACAACAACAACGCCAACUAUGGCAGCAAUACUGCGCUCAACAAUCAUCAACAUUCACAUCCACAUCAUCACCAACAACAACAACAACCACAACAGCAACCACAACAAAAACAACAACAACAACACUAUAAUACAAACACGCCCACAAGCACACCAACAACACAAUCAACAGCUGCAACAACAACUACAGCUGCAACAACAACAAAACAACAGCAACAACAACAACCACAACAACAACCACAACAAAGGCAACACUUGAACAACACCAACACACCAACGAAAGCAUCGCGCGAGGCGACACCAACACGUGAGCAACAACAGCAGCAGCAACAGCAGCAACAUGCCACACCUACGCGCGAGCCACCAACACCAACACGCCAACAGCAACAACAACAACAACAACAACAACACCAAAGGGAGCAACAUCAUCACGAUCGGCAGCAACAGAUGCGCGAGCAGCGCGAGCAACGCGAACGUGAAUACCAACACGACCACCACCAGCAUACCCAUGGACACGGACAUGGACAUGGGCAUGGACACGGACAACAGCAACACACAGCAUACACACACCAUCGUGAUCAUUACGAGCAGCAACACCAACAUCAUCAUCAUCAUCAGCAGCAGCAAUCGUCAUCAUCGCAUUAUCAACAACAUCAGCAGCAGCAGCAGCAGCAUCAACGCUACAACAGCGACAGCUACAAAAAUCAUAAUAAUUCCGUUUACCAGUAA